CGCUUCACACGCACCAAGCUGUCCGCUGGGUCCCCGCUCCUUUGGGUACGGCUGAGGCCUGCAACGGCCUCGGGUGCCGUUAAGCCGCCCCCCGCAGUCCCCUCCCCUCAGCGGCGCCGGCCCAAGACCGCCUGCCCCGCCGCCGCGGGGAGCUGAGGCGACGCCCGCGGGUCCAACCGCCCCUGCCGGGCCUAAGGGCGGGGGCGCCGGCUGCGCCAGGGCCCGGCCCCCUCGCUCGCCGUCCCAGGCCCCCUCCUGCUCCCCUCCCUCCUCCUCUGGGCCGGCCCCUCGGCCCGCCCAGUGUCUGCGGGGAAAGGAAACCGAAAGUAAGCUGCGCCGGGCGGGGCCGCUGACCUGCUUGGGCCCGAGUCCGAGCAGCAGACGGCGGCGGCGGCGGCUUCGCUGGCAGAGAGAGGACGCGCUGGAGCCCGGACUACUGUCGAAAACCAUCAAGAUAAAAGAAAGAGGAGAAGGAAAGAACUGCAGAUAUCUAGCUGUCCUGAGGAAACAGCAUCCUGUAGAUGCUAAGCCUCCUGGUUAUUGAAACACUUCCAGACAACUGAAAGUAACGUGAACGUGGAAGAAAUCAGGUGACUCAGACAUGGAGAACCGAAGACCUUGUCCGGAGGCCCGGCCCAGGAAUCCUCAUAUUAACCACAGAGGUCUUAGUUGCAGCACGUGGGAUCUUGUUCCCUGACCGGGAUCGAACCUGGGCCCCCUGCAUUGGGAGCGCAGAGUCUUAGCCACUGGACCGCCAGGGAAGUCCCCGGAAGUAACUGGUUUAGAGGAGCAUUAUCCAGUAGAAACAUAAUGCAAGCCCAAAACUUAAUUUUUAAUUUUCUAGUAGCAUCAUUAAAAACAAAAAGAAACAGGGCCUAUGGAUGGAGAAUUACCACCAAGAGCUAGAAAUCAGGCCGAUAAUCCAGCGGCCAGUGCUCUCAGAGGAGGAGCCAACCAGCCCGGAAGGCAUCCUAGGGCCAACAACCAUCCUGUUCCUCAUCGGCAAAGAGAAGAGAGGUUUGGGGCAGUGGGCAGGAACCCACAUCAGGGAAGGAGAAACCAGGAGGGGCAUGCCAAUGAUGAACCUAGAGGCCAAAGACAUGGUCAGGAAAAUGACACCAGGCAGAGAAGUGGCAACCAGGAGGGAAGGAACCGCAGACCACCACGAUCCGGUGAAAACUUUCAGCAGUGGCGGAACCCCCACCAAAAGCCUGCAGAACAGCCACAGCAGGUGAAGAAACUGGGCUACAAGUUCCUAGAAAGUCUUCUGCAGAAAGAUCCCUCUGAGGUGGUCAUCACACUUGCCACAAGUUUAGGACUGAAGGAGCUCUUGUCUCAUUCUUUUAUGAAGUCCAACUUCCUUGAGCUCAUCUGCCAAGUUCUUCGGAAGGCUUGCAGUUCCAAAAUGGACCGCCACAGCGUUCUCCAUGUUCUGGGCAUAUUGAAGAAUUCCACAUUCCUCAAAGUCUGCUUGCCGGCUUAUGUGGUAGGGAUGAUCACUGAAUCCAUCCCCCAUGUUCGAAACCAGUAUCCAGAACACAUUAGCAACAUCAUCUCCCUCCUCCAGGACCUUGUAAGUGUCUUCCCUGCCAGCUCUGUGCAGGAAACUUCCAUGCUCAUUUCUCUCCUGCCAGCUUCUCUUAAUGCUUUGAGAGCCUCUGGUGUUGACAUAGGAGAAGAGACAGAGAAGAACCUGGAAAAGGUCCAGACCAUCAUCGAACAUCUGCAGGAAAAGAGACGAGAGGGCACUUUAAGAGUGGACACCUACACUCUCGUGCAGCCUGAGGCAGAAGACCAUGUUGAGAGCUACCGGACCAUGCCCAUUUACCCCACUUACAAUGAAGUGCACUUGGAUGAGAGGCCAUUCCUUCGCCCCAACAUCAUUUCUGGAAAAUACGACAGCACUGCUAUCUAUCUGGAUACCCACUUCCGACUCCUGCGAGAGGAUUUUGUCAGACCCCUGCGGGAGGGCAUUUUGGAACUUCUCCAAAGCUUUGAAGACCAAGGCCUGAGGAAGAGAAAGUUUGAUGACAUCCGAAUCUACUUUGAUACCAGGAUCAUCACCCCCGUGUGUUCGUCAACAGGCAUUGUCUACAAGGUGCAAUUUGACACAAAAUCACUGAAGUUUGUUCGCUGGCAGAACUCCAAGCGAUUGCUCUAUGGAUCCUUGGUGUGCAUGUCCAAGGACAACUUUGAGACAUUUCUUUUUGCCACCGUGUCUAAUCGGGAGCAGGAAGAUCUCUGCCGAGGAAUUGUCCAGCUCUGCUUCAAUGAGCAGAGCCAACAGCUGCUAACAGAUGUCCAGCCCUCUGACUCUUUCCUCAUGGUGGAGACAACUGCAUACUUUGAGGCCUAUAGGCACGUCCUGGAAGGACUCCAGGAAGUCCAAGAGGAAGACAUCCCCUUCCAGAGGAACAUCGUGGAAUGUGACUCUUAUGUGAAGGAGCCAAGGUACUUGCUAAUGGGGGGCAGAUAUGAUUUCACUCCCUUAAUAAAGGAUCCCUCUGCCACUGGGGAAUCUCUGAGGAAUACUGAGGGCUUGAGACAUCCCAGAGUUAAUGUCUUAGACCCCAGCCAGUGGCCCUCAAAAGAAACCCUGAAGCUGGAUGACUCCCAGAUGGAAGCCUUGCAGUUUGCUCUCACAAGAGAACUGGCUAUUAUUCAAGGACCUCCUGGAACAGGCAAAACCUAUGUGGGUCUAAAAAUUGUUCAGGCCCUUCUAACCAACGAGGCUGUUUGGCAAAUUAGCCUCCAGAAGUUCCCCAUCUUGGUUGUGUGUUAUACUAAUCAUGCUUUGGACCAGUUUCUGGAAGGCAUCUAUAAGUGUCAAAAGACCAGCAUUGUGCGGGUAGGUGGAAGGAGCAACAGUGAAAUCCUGAAGCAGUUCACCCUGAGGGAGCUGAGGAACAAGCGGGAAUUCCGCCGCAACCUCCCCAUGCACCUCCGAAGGGCCUACAUGAGUAUCGUGACACAAAUGAAAGAGUCAGAGCAAGAGCUGCAUGAAGGGGCCCAGACCCUGGAGUGCACCAUGCGUGGCGUACUACGGGAACAGCAUCUGGAGAAGUACAUCUCCCUCCAACACUGGAAAAGCCUGAUGAAUGGACCAGUACAGAAUAGCGAAUGGGGUUGCUUCCAGGGCUGGAAGCAUUCCAUGAUGCUGGAGUGGCUGGGUCUAGGUGUUGGUUCUUUCACCCAAAGUGUUGCUCCAGCAGGACCUGAAAAUACAGCCAAGGCAGAAGGGGAGGAGGAGGAGGAAGAAGGGGAAGAGGAGGGUUCGCUGAUUGAGAUCGCAGAGGAGGCUGAACUGAUUCAAGCAGACCGGAUGAUUGAGGAGGAAGAGGUGGUGAGGCCCCGGCGACGGAAGAAGGAAGAGAAUGGGGCAGAACAGGAGUUGGCUAAAGUGCUUCUGGCCAUGAGGCUAGACAACUGUGGCCCCGGGACAGCAGCUGGGCAGGAGCAGGCUGCAGGAGAGUGGGAGACCCAGCGCAACCAGAAAAAGAAAAUGAAAAAGAAGGUGAAGGUUGAACUUCGCAAGCUGAACACCAUGACUGAGGCCGAGGCCAAUGAAAUCCAGGAUGUUUGGCAGCUGGACCUGAAUUCUCGCUGGCAGCUUUAUAGGCUGUGGCUACAGAUGUACCAGGCUGACACCCGCCGAAAGAUCCUCAGCUAUGAACGUCAGUACCGCACAUCAGCAGAGAGAAUGGCAGAACUGAGACUCCAGGAAGACCUGCACAUCCUGAAAGAUGCCCAAGUUGUAGGAAUGACAACAACAGGUGCUGCCAAAUAUCGCCAGAUCCUGCAGAAGGUGGAGCCUCGGAUCGUCAUCGUGGAAGAGGCUGCUGAAGUCCUUGAGGCCCACACCAUUGCCACCCUGAGCAAAGCUUGCCAGCACCUCAUUCUGAUUGGGGACCACCAGCAGCUGCGCCCCAGUGCCAAUGUGUAUGAUCUGGCCAAGAAUUUCAACCUUGAGAUGUCCCUCUUUGAACGGUUGGUGAAAGUAAACAUUCCCUUUGUCCGUCUGAACUACCAGCACCGCAUGUGCCCUGAAAUUGCCCGGCUUUUGACACCCCACAUUUACCAGGAUCUGGAAAACCAUCCCUCUGUUCUCAAAUAUGAGAAGAUUAAGGGGGUCUCUUCCAACCUUUUCUUUGUAGAACACAACUUUCCUGAACAGGAAAUCCAAGAAGGCAAAAGCCACCAGAACCAGCAUGAGGCUCGCUUUGUGGUGGAGCUGUGCAAGUACUUCCUGUGUCAGGAAUACCUGCCCUCCCAGAUCACCAUCCUCACCACCUAUACCGGGCAGCUCUUCUGCCUGCGCAAACUCAUGCCUGCCAAGACAUUUGCUGGUGUCAAGGUCCAUGUGGUGGACAAAUACCAAGGGGAGGAGAAUGAUAUCGUCCUCCUCUCACUAGUGCGCAGCAACCAGGAAGGCAAGGUGGGUUUUCUCCAGAUACCCAACCGCAUCUGCGUGGCCUUGUCCCGUGCCAAGAAGGGAAUGUAUUGCAUUGGAAACAUGCAGAUGCUGGCCAAGGUGCCCUUGUGGAGCAAGAUCACCCAUACCCUUCGAGAGAACAAUCAGAUAGGCUCUGCCCUCCGGCUGUGCUGCCAGAACCACCCUGUUAUCCACACUUCAGUAUCCAAAGCUUCUGACUUCCAAAAAGUGCCCGAAGGAGGCUGCAGCCUACCCUGUGAGUUCCGGCUGGGCUGUGGGCACGUCUGCACCCGUGCCUGCCACCCCUAUGACUCCUUGCACAAGGAGUUCCAGUGCAUGAAGCCAUGCCAGAAGGUGAUCUGCCAAGACGGGCACCGGUGCCCCCUUGUUUGCUUCCAGGAGUGUCAGCCUUGUCAGGUGAAGGUGCCCAAAGUCAUUCUCCGGUGCGGCCAUGAACAAAUGGUCCCUUGUUCCAUGCCUGAGUCAGAUUUCUGCUGCCAAGAGCCUUGCCCCAAGGUCCUGAAAUGUGGGCACAGGUGCAGCCACCCAUGUGGUGAAGACUGUGUGCGGUUGUGUUCAGAAAAGGUCACCGUGAAACUCAAGUGUGGGCACAGCCAAAAGGUGAAGUGUGGCCAUGUGGAGGACCUCAGGUAUGACCUGCCAGUCAAAUGCACCACCAAGUGUGGCACCAUCUUGGACUGUGGGCAUCCAUGUCCCGGCUCCUGCCACAGCUGCUUCAAAGGGCGCUUCCACGAGCGCUGUCAACAGCCCUGCAAUCGCCUGCUCAUCUGUUCACACAAGUGCCAGGAGCCGUGCAUUGGUGAGUGCCCGCCCUGCCAGCGGACCUGUCAGAACCGCUGCGUCCACAGCCAGUGCAAGAAAAAGUGUGGGGAACUGUGCAGUCCCUGUGUGGAACCCUGUGACUGGCGCUGCCAGCACUACCAGUGCACCAAACUCUGCUCUGAGCCCUGUGACCGACCCCCCUGCUACGUGCCUUGUACUAAGCUGCUGGCUUGCGGCCACCCCUGCAUUGGUUUGUGUGGGGAACCAUGCCCCAAGAAGUGCCGUGUCUGCCACCAGGAAGAAGUCACCCAGAUCUUCUUUGGCUUUGAGGAUGAGCCAGAUGCCCGCUUUGUACAGCUGGAAGACUGCAGCCACAUCUUUGAGGUGCAAGCCCUGGACCGCUACAUGAACGAGCAGAAGGAUGACGAAGUUGCCAUCAAGUUGAAGGUCUGCCCUAUCUGCCAGGUGCCCAUCCGCAAAAAUCUGAGGUAUGGAACCAGCAUCAAACAGCGGCUGGAAGAGAUUGAAGUUGUCAAGGAAAAGAUCUUGGGCUCAGCAGGGGAAAUUGCAGUCAGCCAGGAACAACUUAAGGCCCUACUGGAGAGGAAGAAUCUCCUCUACCAGCUGCUCCCUGAAGACUUCCUGAUGUUGAAAGAGAAGCUGGCCCAGAAAAAUCUGUCAGUGAAGGACCUGGGCCUUGUUGAGAAUUAUAUCAGCUUCUAUGACCACCUGGCUGGCCUAUAUGAUUCCCUGAAAAAAGUGCAUGUCUUAGAACAGAAGCAGGUGAGGACUCGAUUAGACCAGGUCCAUGAGUGGCUGGCCAAGAAGCGUUUGAGCUUCACCAGCCAGGAAUUGGAUGACCUCCAAAGUGAAAUCCAGAGGCUCACAUACCUGGUGAACCUGCUGACCCGCUGCAAGAUAGCAGAGGGGAAGGUGAGAGGCCGCGUAGCAGAAGAGGUCUCCAGAGUCCGGAAGAUCCUCGAGGGGACGUGUAAGUUCACCCGGGAGGAUGAACAGCUUGUGCAGAGAAAGAUGGAGGCUCUGAAAGCCACCCUUCCCUGUUCUGGCCUGGGCAUCUCAGAGGAAGAACGAGCGCAGAUCGUCAAAGCCAUAGGUUACCCUCGUGGCCACUGGUUCAAGUGCCCCAAUGGCCACAUCUAUGUGAUUAGUGAUUGUGGGGGAGCCAUGCAGAGGGGCACGUGUCCUGACUGUAAGGAGGUGAUUGGGGGCGUGAACCAUACUCUGGAAAGAAGCAAUCAGCUUGCUUCCGAGAUGGAUGGGGCCCAGCACCCUGCCUGGUCUGACACGGCCAACAACCUGCUGAACUUUGAGGAGAUCCAGAGGAUGAUGUAGGAAGAUGACAUACCGCUGCCUUUUGCCCCGGCCACCGUAUGGCUGGGGCCGGCUCCCCCAUGAAAGAACCGAAGUUUGUUUUUUAUUACUGUCCUUUUAGUCUUAGCACCUAUUUAAGGAUCCACUUUUAGGGCUUGCCCACAUUUGUUUCUAGAUUUACCCCUGCUCUAGAGUAAGCACUUUACUUCCAGAACUGAGAGCGAAGUUAACAGGUCUCUUCUCUCUUCUGCAAGUUAGUGGACAGACUGCCUGAAGCACGUUUGGGGCUUCCACCCAGGCUACAUAGUAGUGUCUCUGGAUCCUGACUCAGUCACAUGUUUUUUUCCGCAGUGCUCCAGAGGCAGAUAGGAGCUCAGUGAAGCAGACUCAUUCUAAAUUGCCAGGACCUAACUUGCACACUCAUUUCCAGUCUAAUAAAGAGACCCAGAGGAGUUGUUUAUGAGCUGCUUAUCCUUUCAAGGAGCACAAGAAUCCCUCCUACCCUCCUCCUCGGGCACCCUCAUUCUAGGAGACGGAGGCACGUGAUGAGACAAAGACUUCACUGACUAAUCCUGAUGUUACAUAUUCACUGAGAGUGGGGGAAAGUGUGAUAGACCACAGCUGGGGGCUUAUGCAGCAGGCCCAGGCCAACUAAGGAGUGAUCCCUGUACCCUUCCUGGGACUUGCACUUUGGGAUGGUUGAGGUUUUUUUCCCUGCAAUAGGAGAGGCUCAGUAGCUGUGCUGGUUCCCCAGGGCCUUGAAAGGACUAAACUUUCAUUUAGUACCAGCAGCGCCUAUCCAAAGUGUGACCCUUUUGUCCCAACACCCUCUAUUGCAGCUUUUGCCUGGGCAGGGUUAGCAUGCCAGCAGCUUCUGUAGGUCCCAGGUCCAUACCAGAAGCCAGCCCCCAGGCCUGCUGCCUGCAUACGUAUUCCCUCAGUCCAGUGUUCCCUAGAACUGACACUUAGGCAUCUCAGGUCUUUCUAAUGUUGGCGAGAAAACGUCCCUUUGCUAUGUAUACAUUUCCUUUUUUGUCUUUACUAUGCACUUUAGCCUAUAAAGCCAAUUAAUAAAAACAGUGAGAAAAA